CUUGAAGCCUGAGCACACGCUGCAUUUUUGUGCAAGCGGUUGACGCUGAUGACAACCGCUGCUUCAAUGUAUCUGUAUAAGCGUGUAGAACGAAUUUCCUGGUUUUGCACAAAACUGAGUGAAUCCGUGAAUCCCCUUCUGGGGAAUAUUACAUAUGUGUGCAGCUGCUGUCCUCAAGUGGAAGGUAGUGGCGAUUGGCAAAUUCUUGGUCCCUUUCCCUGAGAAAGGAUUCAUGGCGAAGCUUCUCUAUCGCUUGAGUUUCAUCGAUGUAGAGUCGUCGAUGUCAAUGGUUCCAAUGCCACGUGUCCAGAGCUGCCCAAAUUUGGUCCAUCGUUGCGACUGGCCAGAUUGGCAGAGCCAAAUCCAGGUGAGGACCUUGUGUGAGCGCUCCGAGCACAUCGGUGACGAGACACAGGCGACUCUGAAGUUUCCACAGCCAGGUGCAUCGCAGGGCAGCCAUGGACAUCCGGACCUUUGUCGUCGGCCAUGCAUCCUAUUUCUGCAUGGCAAAUGUCAAGAGGGAGCCGACUGUGGUUUUUGCCAUGCUUCACAUCCACGGCGAGUGGCUACCUUUAACGUGCAUCAACGGAAAGUGCUGACCUCAUGGUCACACGUGAAGUUGCUUGAAGCUGUUCGUCCAUAUGUCCAAAGCAAGGUGGAGGCGAUCAAUCAUCCAGGUGCAUCAGUACUUUUGGAAUUGAUUGAUCGUGAGCUGGCUAUUCGCAAACACGACAACAGUGCGAUUCGCAUGGAUGGAGUUCCUCGCGAGAUUCGCCAUACUCUUGCUGGCAUGACUUUGUCAGGCUUGGUAGGUAUUGUGUGCUCGAAGAGUGUGACGGGCCCUUUUCCUCGACUCUUGAGGAAGGCCUUGAUCGAUUUGCGUCAGCAGGUGGCAGGAUUUGAGCCUUGGUAAUUGAAAACAACUUGUGUGGGCACUCGGUACCCAGACGCGGGCGUUUUCAGGAUGCGCCUGAGGUUGUGUCCGUUUUCAGGAUGCACCUGGGCCUGCUAUGGGGUGAGCUGCCCAAGGUUGAGCCGCUUACGUGGCUGUUGCCGCAAGUGGUGAAGUUGCCACUGGCAGGUUGCAGCCCUAGGGAUCCAGUCGUA